AUGUGCUGCUCGUCGGGUACGCUGGCCGACCCCUUCCCUCCCGCGAAUUCCGAUGGCAUCUGCAAGACUAUCAGUGCCGUUAACGGCGAUGGUUGCGGAUGCUUGGCAUCCAAGCGUGGCCUUGCUUCAGGAUACUUCAUAACGAUUCAUCGCGAUCCCAAGUUCUUCUCGAGUCUACAAGUCGGACAGCACGUGUGGUGUGGUAGAGAUAUCGCCAAUAGUACAGCGCCAGCUAAGACCAUUCGAGUGGCCGAACCCAUGCCUAGAAAGUCCAUGAACGGACAAGGACGGCCUUCGCUGAGCGUCACAGACGAUCCCGAGCCUCAAUCGCCACGGCCCUCGACCCAGACGACUGUUGAUUCUACCGGCACCGGGCUCAACAUCGCACCUCGACCAUCCGAGUCUCUAUCUCUAUGUUUUGAUGCGCCUGGGCAACUGUCAUACGUCAAUUGGCGCAUGGAAGAGUUUUAAAUGCUCACUAGAUCAUGUUUGAGAUAUACGGAUUGCACAGAUUGCGCAAAGGCAGCCGAUUCCACCACGUCAAAGACGCAGACGAAGCUAUCCACGUCGAAUGGCGUAGGGUGUGUCGUGACUUGGGUCGCCUAUUAGAUGAAGCGCUACUCCAUCCUUUAGGAACAGAUUACAAGCACU